AUGUGGGUAGAGGACCAUGUUUGCAUGUGUCUUGGUGUCAUAUUUUCUGACAUAGCUUCACCCAUAUUUUUGUCAGGUGCCAUUGAUACCUGGGAUGUCUCUCUCAUCACAGACUUUAACACUCUCUUUUAUCAAAAAUCUACAUUCAAUGAAGAUCUCAAUUCCUGGGAUACCAGCAGUGUCGAUAAAAUGAGUAACAUGCUUAAUGGUGCAACUGCCUUUAACGGUGACAUCUCUUCCUGGGACACCAGCAAGGUCACAGACAUGAAUUCAUGUUUUGGUGCUGCAUCUGCCUUUAACAGGCCCCUCACCAGCUGGGACACUAGCAAGGUUCUCGGCAUGAAUCUCAUGUUCUAUUUAGCAACUUCAUUCAACCAGGAUCUCAGCAAUUUUGACACAAGUUCCGUGCAGGAUUUUGAUGGCAUGUUUCAAAGUGCAUCGACAUUCCAAGGAUCAGGACUCUCUGGUUGGAAGACUAAUAGUCUAAGCACGAUGAAAUCAAUGUUCAAGGGUGCCAUUAAAUUCAAUGAAGACAUCUCUAGCUGGGAUGUGUCAGUGGUGUCUACUUUCCAAGAGGCCUUUUCUGGGGCUACAGAAUUCAACCGAGAUUUGACUGACUGGGCCAGCAAAAUCACCAGCACACCAGCACCCUUCGCCGCGUUUAGAAUGUUUCUAGGAACUGCAUGUCCUAUAACAACACCAGACCCAGACCUCACUGCAAGCCCAAAGGGGCCCUUCUGCUCCCCCUAG